UCUUUACAUUUAUAACCCAUUUAAUUAACCUCAAUCCGAUUCUAUGGUAAUGUUGCUGAAUAAAUAAAUAUAUUUUAUCAGUGGAUGAGUAAAGAAAGGGGACGAUUUUAGCUAUGAAGGUAAGGCAGAUAGUUGCACUAUUGGCGGUCGGAUGCCUGGUGCUAGGUGGCAUGACCUCGGUACUGGCGCAAGAUGAAGAAAGUGACUUUGCUGAAUUUGAUGACUUCGAUGCCGACGAUGAUUUCGUUGAUGCAGCAACCACAUCAGCACCACAAGCUGCAAAAGCCCCACAACAGGUGAACGUACCUGAGAAAUUAAAAAGCGGUGAGCAAGUCGAUAGCAAGUCAGAUGACUUCAAAACGGAUGAUGACGACGGCGUCGUUGAAGAUGACGAUAACGAAUUUGAACAUUUUCAAGACGAAGAAGAAUUUGAAGGUUUCGACGUCGGCGAAAACAAAGAUUUACCCGUAGAUCAAAAGACCGCAGAACCGAAACUAACGGUGGCCAAGAUUCCAAUGCAUUUCCGCACACAUUGGGAUUCAUAUUGGAUGGAAAUGCUAAUGUUGGGCGGACUUUUGGCUUACUUCGCCAAUUUCUUUGCGGGAAAAACGAAGAAUGCCAGGCUUGCACAGCUGUGGUAUAGCACGCACAAAGGGCUCUUGGACGAUAAUUUUGUGCUAGUUGGCGAUGAUGGCAAACAAGAAAACGAAAACCCCGGUUUGAUGAAAGAAAGCGAAAGCUUGUAUACAUUGUGGUGCUCUGGCCGCACUUGCUGUGAGGGGAUGCUUGUGGAGCUAAAAAUGAUUAAGCGUCAGGAUUUAGUGGCAUUAGUGUCCGGACUGAUACGGCCGCAACAAGAUCAAGUGCACAUAAAAGUCGAAAUGACACGAGGUGUAAUGGACUCAUUUGUGUUUUGCGUGGGCUCAAGAAAAACUAUAACAAAAGUUUUCAAAGAAUACGCCGAUUUGAACAAGUAUUGCAGUCUAGUCAGUAAGCCAGAGGAUCGCUACAAAGUACCUGCAGGAUUUAGUGUGCUCUCAGAAAUACCUGAAGCAACGUCGGCUAUGUUGGAGGCGCGCAUAAUCACAGCACUCAACAAAUACCAGCGUUACAUUGACUACAUCCACAUUUCUGAUCAAUUUAGUGGUCCAAUUCAACAGGAAGAUGCCAACAAUUUAAAACAACCAGAGACAAAAUGUAUGCUUAUGGCAGGAUUUAACAUGCCCAAGAGUGUGGAUAUGGAAUCAAUUAAACCAUUGCUCAUUCUCAUCUUCUACUUGAUGGAGCGUCUAAAAGCGUAUCGCAUGUCGAAAGAGGGCAAAAAUAAAGCAGAAAAGAAUCGCUUACGUGUGGAAGAAGAGUUCUUGAAGAGUACACACGCGGCACGUGCAGAAGCUGCUGCUCAGCGUCGUGAAGACAAGCGCAAACAGGAGAAGGAACGCGUGCUUGCCGAGGACGACCCCGAGAAACAGCGUCGCUGGGAGCUAAAAGAACAGAAGCGCCAAGCCAAGAAAAAGGCGCCGAAAAUGAAACGUUUGGCAGUAAAAUCUUUAUAAGAUUAAAAUGUUCACCGCCACCAAUACGGGAGCGGUAAUUGUCUCUGCAGUUGACUGUUGUUGAUGUCAUUGGGACAUAUUUGAGAUAUAGCAAUAAACGUGCAUUCAAAAGCGUGUACAAGCCAUAGCUAUACUA